GCAUUACCUGGGGCAUGCUGCUUGACCUCCCUGCAGGGUCCUUGCUGCCCUGGAACCUCCCAGCACACUUCUCACACUUCCCAGAACAGCACCUCAUCCACUGCCCCUCAAGAGGUUGUUGAGUCACUCUUCACGUCCUCCCUGAAGGAAGCCGGCGGCCUGAAGCACCGCGGGCAGGUCACCACCACCAGCCUGCAGGCCAGGGACCACAAACACCUCUGGAUGGGACUCUGGAAUGGCAGGCUUCACUGUGGCUUCACUAAGAUCAACCGCACGUGCAAGACAUGCCAGGCUCUGAUGUCCAGUGUGGAGGAGAUCGGAAUUCCUAUCAUGAGGGAGACACACAACCGCACCACACCCUCACCGGACGCCAGCAAGCUAUUGCCAUCCUGUAGUCGCCACACCUCCAGGCUGGUCGUGGCUUGGGGGGGAACCGUACAUUUUCUCCUCAGGAGUUCUCCAGGCACACGCCAGCAUUGCCGCCAAGGACUUCACACUGCACUGCCCGAAACACCCGUCGAGGGUGAUGAGGAUGAGGAGACAGUCAAGAUUGUGCAGUGGGUGAAGAGCAAUGAGCCAAUGGGAGCCACCAUCAAGCAGGACGACCACUCCGGAGCCAUCAUCAUCACCCGCAUCAUGCAUGGCUGACUGCUCCGGCCUCAUCCAUGCUGCUGACGAGGUGCAGGGGUCAACACCUUCAAUGUGGAGGGCAAGACACCGGCGGAUGUCCACAAGAUGCUGGUGA